AUGUCGUUCUCAGCAUCUUCAAGCACCAUCGCAUCCGAUGUGCCCAAAACCAUGAGAGCGCUCCUCAUCGAGGAGUUCAACGCCGAUCCACCCUACGUCCUCCGCAACGACCUGCCCGUCCCCUCGCCCGGCCCCAACGAUGUCCUCAUCCGCAUCGCCACCGCAGGCUAUUGUCACACCGAGAUGAUGGUGGCUCGCGGAGAGUUCGCCUCCAAAUCGCGAAAGCCCCUGCCCCUCAUCCCCUCGCACGAGCCCACCGGUAUCAUCGUCGGUCUCGGCAGCACCGCCUCCUCCACCACCCCCGCUGGCGCCUCCUCUCCACUACAGCUCGGCGAUCGGGUCGGAACCAUUACAUUCUACGACCCCUGCGGUACCUGCCCGGAGUGCAAACGUGGAACACCCAAAUACUGCACUGAACAGGACAUGCUCGGUGUCACCGCUAACGGCGGUUUCGCAGAAUACAUGCUUGCAGACUAUCGUUCCUGCAUCCCUCUUCCCGAUGCAUUGGACUUUGAUUCCGCUGCACCGCUCUUCUGCGCCGGUGCUACGAUCUACACUGCCAUUGCACAGUGUCGUCUGGAAAAGGGUUCCACCCUCGCCAUUGUCGGAGCGGGUGCGUUGGGCCAUCUCGGUGUGCAGUUUGCCAAGUGUCUCGGCCUCAAAGUCUGGCUGUUCGACGCCAGAGAUGCUCCUUUAGACAUGUGCAAAUCUCUUCCAUAUCCACCCGAUCUCUCAAUCAACUCUGGCGAUAUCAAUGGACACGAUCAGCAAGCCGUAGACACUUUCGUCCGCGAAAAGCUCGCGGGUGAAAGAGCAGAUGCAACCAUCAUGUGCACAGACGUCAUCCCCGCUUACGAGUUCGGUCUAGCAAUCACCAAGAAUCACGGUCUGUUUAUGGUCGUAGGUCAACCCAACGAUCCCAUCCCCAUCCACUAUAAUCACUUCAUCUUCAGAGACAUCACUGUGAAAGGAAGUCUGUUGGGCGAUCCAAAGACCACAAGGGAGAUGUGCGAGUUGGUCGCGAAGCACAAGAUCGAGCCGAGGCGAAAACGUGUGGCGCUAACCGACGUGCCUGUCCUUUUCCAGGUCGAGCAUCGACGUCGUCGGCAGAAGCGUAUAAAGAGACCGUCUCUUCAGAACCUCAGCGAGUACAUCGAAGUUCACCAUCUCGCAAACCACCCGCACCGCACUCCCUGUCGUUCAACCGCCAACAUGUUCGGCCGCACCUCCCUCCUCACCGCUCUCGCACUUCUCUCCCUCACCGCCAGCUCCGCGCUCGCCGCCACCCUCACGUGGGACUGCACGCGCGUCCCCAACAUCUGCUCCAACGACUGCUACGCCAUCCAAUGCGCCUCCAAACCCACCACGCUCCACCGCGAUUCCGCCAACGCCUCGACCAACCGUGCCGAGACGGCGUGCAAAUCUCCCAACCGCUGCUCCGGCAACCCGUCCGAUUCCAACUCUUGUGGUACGUUCUUCCUUCCACCUUCCCUCCUCAUUCUAUCCUGCUGUGUUACUAACGUAACUUGUCUGUUGUCCGGUGGAGUUUGUGUAGAUGAGUAUCCCUACGCAUCGUCACAAGAAGGCGGUGCGGGAAGCGUAACCCGAUGCGUUCCAAGCACCGAAAACAGUCGUCAGGGUGGAACGCUCUCUAGCUUCUACACCAACAACGGCAUCGAAGACGGCGACGCCUACAAUGUCGCUUUCGCUUCGACUAGUGGGUUGCAGUACUGCAGUGGUUCUUGCACUAACACGGGCAACCAAUUGAUUAAGAGGUACCCGGUGUUGGGUCCGCAGUACGUGCCCAGAUCGUUCGUUACGGAUGAAGGGCAUGAAUUGACCAGUAAGUAUUCGCAGCGCAGUAAGAAAGUAGGGUCAGUGGGUGAAGAUGACUGA